AUUUUCUUCUUUUGUAAAAUUAGCCAUACUAUUUGAAUAUAAUUGGCAGUUUUACUACAAAUGGAACCAUAUAUAAUAGCUCUUCUGGUAAAUGGACUCGGACACACAAUACAAUAUGUUAGAUAACACGUACUAUUUUCUAUAGAUAAUUGGAAUAUUCAAUUGCAAUGGAAAAACAUAUACGAUAUAACUCUUUGAGCAAAGAAUGGUUAUGCUUUUUAAUAGAGUUGUGUAUGGUUUAGAUAUCAUCUCUUAGUAUGUGCAUUUGCAUUCUACUUCACCCUGUAAUAUAUACUCAGUCGUUUCAAUCGAUUAGCUGCAUAUAUUGGCAGGCUGACAAGCCAUUCGAAUUUGGAAAUACAUGCUCGUUAUUAUUUAGAAAGUUUGUCAACAUCCACUUUCUUUAUUAGUAUUGGACAGUUUGUCAAAUUUCUUUCCUGGUAGGAAUUGUGUUAAAUUUUCUCGCCUAUAGAUUAACGAAAAUUGAGAGAAUUUUCAAAUGAACCUGCAUCAUGAGAACACCAGUGUAUUAUUAUCACCGAGCCGUGUUACUAUCAUACCCCUUUAAAGGCACUAUCAGGAUGAAUUAAAAUCACUUAAUGCUUAAAAGCCGUGCAGUCACAUUAUUCAGUUUCCUAUUGGGGUUCGAUAAUCGAGCACCAAAAAUCACGGAUUUUUGCAAUUCAUGUUUUUUUCCCAUUAGUUUGUAAUAGACGUAUUAUUUGGCAAAAGAAUUCAAUUUAAUGUCCAGGGAUAAGCCAGCGCCUCAUGGGUGCUUACACAUAUAUGGGACGCGUGUAAGACAGUUAUCGAGGAAAUUAGCGUAAUUUAUUACUCCGUUAAAUGCUAUGCGUCCAUGCAUAACAAUUAUUACCCGUCCUCCUAUAUAAUCCGGGCUUGCGCCUCUCGAUUGAAAACACCAUAGAAAACUUUGUGCCCUUUUACUGUUUGGCAAUGGAGGCCUUCCUAUCAUUGAAGAGGAAGCCUGAAAGCAGAAAAGGGCAUUGGUCGUGCGAUGAAGAUAAGCUCCUUGUUGAACUUGUCAUACGUCACGGUCCAAGGAAUUGGAGCACAAUCGGAAAGAAAAUGAAGGGAAGAAGAGGGUCGAGCUGUAGGGCGAGAUGGAUGAACCAUCUGAAUCCACAGGUUGUGAAAACACCGUUUAGCGAAGAAGAGAAGGAGAGGAUUCUCCAGCUUUACAAAGACCAUGGGAGCAAGUGGUCCUCUUUUGUAGAGUUUUUCCGUGGCAGAACUGAUUGUCAACUGAAGAAUCUGUACCACUCAUUGGCGGCAACUAGAAAAAAAGCCAAAGAACCGCAGAUCCCUUACUGGGCGGCUCCUCCCAACAUGGGAGGAUCUAUGGAUUUUUCCGGUGGAUCGGGUGGUCUCACUAAUGUUUCUCAAUUUGCUGAUGUGGCGUGGUGGGGAAACAAGACCGAUUUGCCCUUAUUCAAUGGUGGUGCGGGUGGUUCCUCUUCCAUCUAUGCAGGGGGUUCGACUUUGUUUGGGGCCCACCGUCCCAAUCCAGGUGGCUUUUAUCCAUUUGAGAACACUAACAUUGGAAAUGGCUAUUACGCCAAUCUAGGAAAAAACAAUGGAGAUCCUAUGAUGUCUCGUGCUAGAUCUGCUGCGCCUCAGGCGAAGGAAGGAGGAGCAAAGAAUGAAAAACUAUCAAUUCAUCGACUUUUUGGGGGUCGGAAAAUUUCAGAAUAAUUAGCAGCUUUUACUGUCUCUGGGAAUAUCUUUUUAUCGUUAUCGGUCUUGUUUUUCUUUUUUUUGGUUUUUUCAUUUUUCUUUUUAUUGGUCGUUUGGUUUAUUUUGUUUUGUCAGUAAACGAGUUUUAGCGUCGAAGUGUCUGUGUCGUGUGACUUUGAGCACACAUUGUUGUUUGUCGUAUGGGGUUUGCAAGAGAAACUCGGUCCUCGGACGAGUACUUGAUUCUCUUGCUUUUAUUUUAUUUUAUUGAAUAAACGAUGUUUGAAUUUGUCGGAGUUAUCAAAACUAGUGAUAUUUGUUUUAUAUACAAGGUUUUGUUUGGCUAUUGUUUA